GUAUGACGAUAUUAACUGCUGUUGUAUUUUUCAAAUACCUUAGAAUAUUGUACAUCACAACAUUUUCAAUUAAAUGACUAUAGCUACAUAGUCAUGCAUAUAGUAGCAACAUAGUUAAAGGCGAUAGCUAAGGUAGCUAGAUAUAAACAUACAACAUCAUAAAGACAGAAAAAAGAGAUAGAUGGAUAGGCAAAAAUGUUCAAUAUACAUGAAUGUGUGCGUGUGUGUGUACUCUCUAGGGUCGUUUGAGGAGAAGUACGUGGAACUGAGCUGUCUUGGCCAAGGUGGCUUCGGCUCAGUCUACGCUGGACUCCGUAUAGAGGACAAUCUGCCUGUGGCAGUCAAGCAUGUUCCCAUUGAUAAGGUGAUAUAUACAACUGUGACCCUGCGUGGGAAGCUCCGCCAGCUCCCCCUGGAGGUGGUGCUCCUACUGAUUGUAGGACAGGGUGGGGCAGACAUGGCUGAGAAGGCCAGGGGUGAGGAGGUGAGGGGUGAGGCCAGGUUUGGAGACGGUCAGGCAGCAGUGGAGCUGCUGAACUGGUACAAGCUGGACCAAGAGCUCAUUAUAGUUCUGGAGAGGCCUGUACCCGCCGUGGAACUGUUUGACUAUAUCCAGGAGAGAGGAGGAUGUCUCCCAGAGGAUCAGGCCAAAAUCAUUCUGAGGCAGGUGGUUGAGGCCAUGGUCAAUUUUCACUCUUGGGGUGUCCUCCACCGAGAUAUUAAGCCAGAGAACCUUCUGGUGGAGACCGGUUCUGCAGUUCCACGGAUUAGGGUUCUGGACUUUGGCUGUGGCUGCAUUAUUCAAGAAGCACCCUACACCGAGUUCCUUGGGACCAAAAUGUACAUCCCUCCUGAAUGGUACCUCCAUGGUUCCUACCGGGCGGUUCCAUCCGCUGUCUGGCAGCUGGGGGUACUGUUAUACAACGUGCUGUCUGGGAUAUUCCCCUUUCGCACACCAGACCAAGUCCUUUAUUGUGAUCCUAUCCCUACCAUGGAUAGGUUUUCCAGCCGUAAGACACGCAUCCACAUGCAGACAAGAAAAAUAAACAUACACACUCACACAGAGGCACACACAUGCUUUCUGUCUGUAUUUAACUGACCAGUUUCUUCCACUUCUCUCAUAUUCUCUGCUAUCUCUCUCUCACACACUCCCUCUCUCUCUCCAGAAUGCAAGAACCUACUGAAAUUGUGUUUGGCAAAGUGCCCUGAAGACCGGCCUACUCUAGAGGAAGUCCUUCUCCACCCGUGGCUGCAUACAGAGGAGGAGAGGAAAGCAGAGAGACAGAAAAAGAGAAAGAGGAAGGAAAGAAGAGAUGCAGAGAGCAGCAGAGGAGGGGAGCAAAAGAGGAAGAGAGAGCCGGAAGAGAGACAGGAUUCGGGGGAGUCUUCGACGGCACUGUCCCCUGAGGACGCCUCGUCUUCGUCCUGCCUCUCCCUGUCCCAGGGCAACACCAAGAGGUGUAGGGUAGAUACCAGGAGCCCCGAGGUGUCCCCUAAUAACACCACUGCCACAACAAUGAACCCACAUGGUACACAUGGAAGAGGUAAGACACACAAACACAGACAGUCACAGCCAUGCACCAGUUUAAGUUCUCCUGGUCUUCCUUGCCCCUCGUGUUUUCUGUCUGUCUCCGUGGGUGUGUGUUCUGGUCUUAGUUUGGCCUCUCCAGGCUCCUUGCACUCCUGGGUCUCAUUCCAAUCACCCUUUCUAGAGGUUGGUAAAUAACGACUUUGUUGUUUUAAUCCUGUCUUGCUUUUCCCUGCUUUUAUGUCCAUCCCCUACUACUGACAGUGGGAUGCUACUGUGCUACUUGGACAGGGGUCCAAGACAAGGACCCAGAGGAGAAGCAGGGCUACAUGGAAAGGGACACAGAACUUGGCAGGUCAGUGGUAAACCUCCUAAACUUUGAACCUCAUCAACUGAGUUUUCAGACGAAGCAUUGAUUCUGAGAAAGGCUCACAUGAGUGAGUAAUAUUGCUCUCCCCAGGGCCCAUGCUGUGUCCACCAUCCCAGAAAUCAGUGAUACAGCACUGCUGCCCAGAGCUCUGCCUGUGCUGCCCGAAGGCUCUCAGCCCGUGCUCCCCAGAGUCCUGGUGCCUGUGCUGCCCAGAGGCCUGGUGCCCGUGCUGCCCAGAGGCCUGGUGCCUGUGCUGCCCAGAGGCCUGGUGCCUGUGCUGCCCAGAGUCCUGGUGCCUGUGCUGCCCAGCACCGAGCCCUCUGCUCCUCCUGAGCCCCCAGCAGAGUCCUGGUCGACUCCAGCACCCCCAGAGCUCGGUGCACAAAAGAAGCCCAGCCUUGGUCACCACCACCGACCCCCUGAGCACCUCUGCACAUCCAGACGGCCUCCAGGUCUGCCUCCAGAGCUGCCCCGGCUUUUCACCCUGCCUCCUGGCCGGCCUCCUGAACUGCCCUGGCCUUCGUCCCUGCCCCCCGGUCGUCCUCCCGACCUCCCCACUGUCCCUUUCUCCCCCCAUCGCCCUCCA